AUGGUUUGGUUCCCUAUACCAAGAGCAAGAGAUGUCAAGCCCAAGGACCAGGAGAGAUGGAGACCACAGAAUCGAAACCCCAUCGCGCAUCCCCCACCAGGUUCGUCGCUCGCGCAAGCAGAGACGGCGCAGGCGCUGGGCGGGCUCAGAUCCAGAUCCAGGCGGUGGCGGUCGGCGGGCAACUGGCCUGGGCAUUGGGCAGGCGCCAGCGUGGCAGCGCCCACAGCGGCGAGCGGCCACCGCCCACCCGCACGGGGCCAGAGCCCGCGCGCGGCACGCCUGCGCCACCCCUCGCUCGCGGCCUCGCGCGCCUGCGCCGCUGCGCGGCUGCGCGGCCUGCACGCUGCACCCCUGCGACGGUGCUGCCAGGCAGGCUGCUGGCGUGCUCCUACUGGCUGCUGCCGUGUUGGAUUGAAUCGAGCCGAGGAGGUGCUAGUGCUGCAUAGCUGCAGCCUGCAGGGGCCACGGGCCACGGCCAGCGCCCAGCACACCAGAAUGUCAAAAAGAACUAUACAAUCAUACUUUUCAAGUUCAAGUGCUUCAACUCCACACACUAAUGAGAGCACAUCUGAACCAAAGAAAUCUAGAGUGGAGUUUAGUCAUUCAGAUUUCAUUGGGGACCCUGAAAUGCGCAAACCAAUUGAUGAUUAUCAGCCUGAAAUUAGAGAUCAAGUAAAGAGGGCAUAUGCUUUGAAUGGACCAACUCAACCUCGUGAUAUCAUAUUUCCUCGUAAAUAGAUGAGUGGUGAAUUUAGAUCUUUUCAGAAGACUUGGUAUGAUGAGUUUGAUUGGCUAGAGUAUAGUGAGUACAAGGAUGCAGCUUAUUGCUUGUAUUGCUAUCUUUUCUUUAAUUCGGCAAAGCCUGAAAAGUUUGGUAGUUCGGUCUUUGCACAUCAAGGUUAUGUGAAUUGGAAAAAAGCUAAGGAUACUUUUAAUAACCACAAUGUUUGCAAGACUCAUGUAGAAGCUAGGCUAAAGUGUGAAGACUUCAUGAACCAAAAGACAAAUGUGGAUAGAAAAUUAGUUCAAAUUAGCAAGGAGGAAGAAAAAGAUUAUGAAAUUCGAUUGACAGCUUCCUUAGGUCGUAUGUACCGACUGCAGAUAGUAAAAAGGGCCGGGUAGAUACCUAUUUCAAUUCAACUGUACUGCAUGCUGCUGCGCUUGCUUUUGCACGCAGCUCUACCAUCAUGCGAAUGGAAGAACUUAAUUAGCUUUAUUUUUCUUUCACGAGAAAAGUAAAUUAAAUAAAAUACACUGGAUCGGAGGAGAGAGAUUCAGACAGGAUGGGCCGGGGAUAUACAUACAGCGUUUAGGGUUUAGGGUUUGUGUUUUUACACUAGCUGAAUUGUUGAAGCCUGCAGUCAGUCAAUAACUCAAGAUCAAAGUGUCUAGUGCCUUUGUAGACAAAAAUUUCGUCAAAAAUCAUCACAGAUUAAAUGGUUUCUUGUAGUGGCAGGAGCGGCACGACCUCCCCCCUGAGGUGCAGCGACAUGACCUGGUCGGUGGGGCCGACAAGCUUGCCGCCGAUGAACACCGCCGGCACGAGUGGGGCUGCGGCCCACCAUACGCGCCGCCUUCUCGAUGUCCUCCCCUGGGCUCCUUGUCCAGCUCGCAGACCGCCCAGCUCGGAGAAGAGCGUCUUCACGUACGGCGUGGCACAUGCAGCUGCUCGUCCUGAAGAUCACCACCGCGUGCAGCGACGCCAGCCUCGCCCUGGAUCAAUGGCGGCGCCCCUGGGGAGCGGACGGAGGAGGAGAGCGGCACCACACACGGAUCCGAGAAAGGGAGAGAAAGAGAGGAAAAUGGGUCCCAUCUCAAUCUAAUCCUAACUAGGCAUAUAGUCCGCGCAUUUGGGCUGCUAGUAUUGAAAAUUCAAAAAUUUGAAUGUCGUUGUAUUCUUACUUAAAGAUUAUACUAUUUUUUUACCAUA